AAUACUUAAGCAAUUUUAUUUAAAAUGUGGUGUCAUUAAAGGACUUUUGUGUAUAAAAUUUAAAAUAAAACUAAAUCUAAUUACUUGUUUAGUCUAGAGGUCCAUAGGGCGCAUCCAGGCCGCAUUUCUCUGGCCAGAACAGCUUUAACCAGGGCUGAAGAUGUCGCAAGUAAUCAAAAUAUUACCAAAUCUCCCAUUUCCACAUUUUGCAAAAUAUGGUAUUAUACGCCACUUAUGUAUCGGGAAAGAUAUUGCAAAACCUAAUUUAAGCCCAGGACCAGAUUUUCUUUUACAGAAUUUAAAAAAUGCGUCAUCUCCAAAAACUGUGCUAAAACUUGUUAAUGAGCAUUAUAAUAUUUUAAAUAGUAAACACCUUAUGCAAGCAUUGCGAUCUUUGUUUGAUUUACAAAAAUAUGGAAGCUCAAACGUGGUCACUAAAGAUAUUCUUCGACAUCCAGAUUUUGAGAGACUCUGCAAGAAGUUAAGAUCACAGUCUGGUGUUAUAGAGUUGAAUGAGACCAUCGAAGCUUUAAAAAUAAUUUCAUAUGUUGGUGUACCGUCAAAUAGCACAAUAGUUCAAGUGUUAUUGCAACUUGUUCGACAAAAUAUCAAUUCGUUGACCCUUCCUCAUAUAAUGUUUUUGGAUUUUCUUUUACAUCAAUUUAAGAGUUCUCCAUUGGUCGACGCUUUGAAAAUAGCUUUACCAAUCGUGUUUGAAAUCCAUUUGCCUUUAAAAAUGGAUAGAGAAAAUGUUGCACAUUUGGCUGAAUAUUUACAUUAUGCUUCAAAGACACGAUUAGCAGAUGCUGCCAUUGAUACAAUAGUAAAAGCUUUAUAUCAGCUGAAUGAAGAAUUUGAUGCAAAAACUGCGAAAAGUAUUAUUUGGUCCAUAACUGAUAUGGAACCCAAUGAAAUUUUUGAGCCUUUAAUGAACAAAGCUCUUAAUGACUUCAUUGUACAUAUAGAUGAUGUAACUUAUACAGAUAUAGAAUCAACAUUAUCAAGACUCAUUCAUAGGUAUUCUAAACGUUAUCCUUAUUUCUACAAUGAGGUUUUUGUUGAUACCUGUUCAAACUACGUUAUUGAUCAUGACCUAGGAUUUGAACAUUGUGUGUACAUGUUAAGAAAAUUAGGAAGAAUAACUCAUACGAAUAAAUAUCUGCUGGACUAUGUAUCAAAACAAGUUUUUCAAGAUCCCUCCCUUAUUACAAAUGCAGAUUCAGGUUCUGUAUAUAGUAUUGUAAUAGCUGCAUCACUAACUGACUACAGACCAAUUCACUGGGAUAAUUUGAAGAAUCUUAUAAUGCAAAAGAAAAAUUUAGCAGCGGAAAACAGAAAAGAAAUAAUCUGGAUUAGAUUUGCAGCUUCUUUAUGCGUUUUGGACAUUUAUAAAAUUGAUGUUUUAUCGAAGGCCUUAAAUCUUGAAUACUUAGAAUCGUUGUUUAAAAAAGGUUUCAUGUCUGAUUUUGAACAUUAUUUUGCAAUAUGGCAAAGUAUAAAAUUAAACAGACCAGAAUUUGUGGAUAUACUUCCAUCCAAGUUUGAACCGGAAAAUAUUGUUCAAAAUAUGAGAGAAAUUUCAGAUUUUCCAUUAGAAGCCAGCUUGCACAAUGGCUUAGGGGGUGAACAAUAUGUUAUGACCAAUUUGAUUUCUAAAAAAGGGCAUCAAAUAGAUCAUGCUAUAUUAUUUAGAAAAGGGGGGUAUCCUAUGGCUGUCAAUAAUAAAGAAGGGGUCAAGUUUAUAGAAGAUAUAGAAGUUCAAGCAGACAACGAACUAUUAUUAAUAUUGGCGCUUCGACCUAUCCAAUAUACUAUAAAUACCAAAGUUUUAAGGGGGACCACAACUUUAGCAAUAAAAACAUUAGAACAUGAUGGGCAUGGUGUGCUUCCAGUAAAUUUAGAAAUAUGGGAAUCUUUAAAUGACUUUGAAAAAAUACCAUACCUUAUGCAACAUAUAAAAAAUAAAGUGGACAGCGACGUUUCCAUUUCGGAGAGUAAAAGUGUUGUGUAGUUACGAAUUUAUAUUAAUUUUUUAAUAUUUCGUUCAUUUCAAUUUCUAUGUAGAAUAUAAAUAAAAAGAAAACAAUUAUGUUGUUGUUUAAAACUG